AUGCAAGACGACUCCGCCACCGCCGCCGCCGACGCCGUGCUCGUCGCCGCCGCGCUCGAGCGCCCGCACUCCCAUUACGCCGCAUGCGCCGAGCAGCCGGACGUCGCAAAGGCCCUGGCCCAGUUCUCCUCGGAGCGCGACAUCCGCAAGACGGGCAGGCUCGACCUCGUCACCUGGGUCCAGUACAUCUGCGGCUUUGGCUACCCGGGCCCUACCGACGAGGCUUGGGCAAAGCUGUUCGCCGCGUGCCGCGUCCUGCCUAUGCUGGCCACGGAUUCCGACGUGCUGCGAGAACAUGAGAUUGCCGUCCUGCUCGCCUACGCCAAGAUCAAGCCGGACAACGGAGAUACCAUGACGUCGGCACAGCUCGUCAAGCACCGCAUCAAGCCGGCCGUCCUGGGGCGCACCGUCGCGCGCACGCCGGGCAUUCUGCAACACAUCCACGUCAAGUUUGAAAACUGGGCCCUGGGGCCGUUCUCGGACAUGUUUUGCUCGUACUGCGUCUCCCUGUUCGGCCCGAGCGCGUACAUGCCAGGCAUUGAUGACCUCCCGUUCAACCAGUCUGACAUUGGUGAUUCCAUCCGUGAGUGCGCCGACGCGCAUGCCAACACAAACCUCAAGACCUGGGCCAACGUUAUCUGCAACAUCCUGGAUAUUGAGCCCAACACCAACUCGCCGCGCGCCGAGCGCUUUGAGCUCAAGCUGCACGAGAAGAGAAAGUUUAUGUACCAGCAUAUCUUCAUCAAGAUCUCUGAGCACUGGUUCAACCUCACCCAGUCGCGCGCCCUCAUCCCGCAAGACAGGGACAGCCUGCACUACCGCGAGCAGCCCAGGGCCAAGAAGGCCAAAGUGGACAAGCUCCUGCCAGUGAGGGGCAAGCCGGACACCCAGCUGUGCCAGUUCAUCAAGCGCGUCAUCUCUGUUCCCACGGGGCGCCGAACCAUUCCCCCAUGGAUGACAGUCGUGUCACACAUCACCAUCUGCGAGCUGCACAAACCUAGUACAUACGGACAAGCCGGCCUGGAGUUCCUUCAGUCGGACGAGGUCCAGACGGACCUGGUCAAGCUUGUCUCUCCCGAGCAAGGGUGCGGGUUUACCCCAUCCCGGACAAACGUGAGAAUCGGGAGCUUCAACUCGGGUCUGAUCGGCGCCGAGGUUUGUGGGGUGCCGCCAAGCCAGAUGUGUCGUGCGCUGCGGCUGGAGCUGACCGUCGGGGUGCUGCCACCGCGUGCAGGAUCAACGCGACCGCGGUUCGAAGUAACGGGAAUCAAGAGCGCGACGUGGGUGGAGCUGAGCGCCGAGGAGGAUAGCUGUGAGGUGUGCGAACCCGUGUCGGAAACGAUGGGCGAGGAGGCUGGGCAGGAGGAGGAAGCAGGGACGAAGACCAAUACAGGGGACCGACUGGAGCGAUGGUUCGGGUCGUCGGGGAUCGGCAAGUAUCUAUCGUUAGGGGACGGGUGCCACUGGGAGACAUAUGACCUGUGCGAGGGUAUGACUAAGCACGUAAUGCGGGUGACGGUGCCUGAGGAUAUGGGGCGGCGGGUGCGAGCUAAGGCGCGGACAGGAGAGUGGGUGCAGCGCAACGUGAUGCAAGCGUAUGAGCGUGAGAGGUGGAGCGAGGAGUCAACAGUGGCGUCCGAGUGUUCCGGGGUAGACUCCUCCUCGUCGGCGGAGAUGGAAGUGGACAGCGGGGGGGCGAAGACGUAUGAGGAGCCGGUCUGGAUCGACUGUCACGCGGCGGCCAAGCUUACGUACAUCGCCCCACCAGGCGUCGAGCUUUUCGCAGCGACGCCGAAGGACAACAGUAUCUUUAAGAACUCGCCCUAUUGGAAGGCACGAACGCCAUAGGUUAGGUGUGCUGGUGCUUGCAGUAUUUGCCGAAAUGGAAGCUGGUUCUGCAUGCUUGUAGAUUAUGAUAUGGCCACAAACCAAUGCUCGAGAAUAUAAAUCUAAUCCCCCAAA